AUGGCGCGCAUUCUUCAGCACAUGGCCGUAUUAAUUUUCGUCUGUCUGGGAGAAACUGUUGCAGGGUCCGUCAUCUCUAGGCACCGAUCUCCAGGUAAGAGUCAAAGUUAACAGAUCUGUUACAGAUCAGACUAUGUUCAUGGUCUGAAAGAAAACGUCUGCCAGACAAAUCGUUAUCACUUCAUGUUUGAGGGAAAACUUCGGACACUGUGAUUUCUUCGAUACAUAGACUUUGCCAUUAUCUUGUGAAUUGUGUUGAAAUCAGUUUAAUAACUACACUUUAUAUAAUUCAGAUCGGCAAUUUCGCCUUUUAUCAUUGGCGAAGUGAAACUGUUUGUAUGAGAAGGUAUCGUUUUGUUGUCGUUUGUCAUCCGUGAAGUGAAACGUCGGUACAAAGUCCACAAAGAAGAAUGCUUUCAUAGUUUUCAUAAGAAUUUAUUUAAUAAGAUUAUCGAGGCUACAAAAUGACCAAAAUUGAAAUAUUAUGAAAAUUUCAGGGAAAAGUAAACCCGAGGCUAAGACUUUGAAAAGAAUAUAUUAAUUUUGUGUGUGGAAAAAGUUGUAAAUAAAAUUCGAUUAUAUGUUUUUCACAACGAUAUAUAAAUAAGUGCUUUGUACGGUAUUUAAUACGCACGAGAUGUUGACGAAUCACAAUUCGAACGAGUAAGCCCAGUGAUGGAGUGAGAUUUUUGAAAAGAUAUGGAUUAAGCUUUAUUCAGAACGAUUGCGUUAAAACCGUACAAAGCAUGCACUUUCCACGUGAUAUUGUGUUUAUUAAUUGCAUGCUGAGACAUUCGUCACUCCGAAAGCCUUUUAUUUUUUAUGGUUUUCAAGGUGUUAGAAUGAUGAAAUUUGCCUCCACACAUCGUGAGGUCACAUAAAACAAAAACACGUCGUUGCCUCAAAAAUUUUAAUGAUCUCUAGAGGCCACCAUUAGUUGGUCAGUAAAUAUUAACAAUGGUUUGUUGAAUGGUGUUAUAUUUAAUGACUUAAAAAGGCGUUUGACAACAUCGACUAUCACAUUCAGUCUGUUGCGUAAACUUUGUGAUAUUAAUGGAAACUCUUUAAAGUGGAUUGAGUUCUAUUUAAGCAAUCGAAACCAGAAGUGCAAGGUAAACAAUCAUUUAUCGCAAGCGCAACAAAGCAAUUGUGGAGUUCCUAAUGGUUCCAUCUUAGGCCCCUGUUUUCCUGAUAUAUAUUGACGAUCUCCCAAGUUGUCUAGAGAAGGCUGCCUCUAGAAUGUAUGCUGAUGAUACUGAUAUUAUUUUUGAUGUGUCUGACUUGAGUGUCCUUGAAAGGGAGAUAAUUGCGAUUGAAGAAAAUUACCUCUGGCUCAUGGCCAAAAACUCCAGUCUGGAUAUUGCCAAAACUGAAUUAAUGUUAAUUGGGUGUUCUUAUAUAGGACAAAUUAACUUGGAGAAACCACGUAGGCGAAAUUUCUGAAAGGAUUUUCUCUAGACGCACUGGGGUUGGAAAAAGGCCAUCAUUGUUUUUAAGUCUUUACGUAACCUUGCUCCAGCGUAUCGCCACAAAAAGGUUUUGCAAAUUCAAUGCUAAAUUUUAAAAAACUCAGUUAACAAACUUGCAUUGCCCAAGCCUAGGACAAAGUACCUGAGGUGCAGCUUUUCACACACAGCGGUGCCGCAUGGUGGAGAAAUCUGCUUCAAGGUCUUAGGGGAUGUGAUCCUCUGGGGUUUUUAAAAAUGAUGCUUAAAACUUACUAUUCUUCUUUAGGCUCCCACACAGCAAUCAUGUAAAUUAGUUGGAUUUUAGUAGUUGAUAUUUUUUAGUAUAUACGUUUAACUGGUAUUUCCCGUGUAAAAUAAUAAUAAUAAUAAUAAUAAUAAUAGUAGUAAAAUUAAAUAGGGGUAUUCCUGUAUAAAUAUGACGGAGGUGCUCGUCUUGUAUAUUCGGGUUAAAAUUUGUGGAUUGGUAUCACCUUGAAUGGGGUGCGUUAAUCUCAAAAAGACUGCAUAAAGACGAAGUACCUCUCUAAGGCUUUAAAGGGUGUUGAGCCAAAGAACUAUUUGUUACUCUUUUGAUUUUUUGGAAUCUCUUUUACACCCAAUACUGCUUCUUGAACAGGGUGUCUGGACUGGAAGCCUCCGUGAACAGGGUUAUUUGACGUUGGCGAUGCGCAGUCUAUAUAUGUAUUACCAAUGUUAGUAAUAUAUCGUGUCAGAUUAAUUCUUAAUUCUGUAGGCGAAAUGAAAUCAACAAGGUCCAUAAAAAUGAUCUGUAAUUGUCAGGUUUGAGGAAUUAACUAUAGUUGUCUUAAACAGGGCCAGGGUUUUCUCUAGACAGGGUUUAAGGGCCCCUCAACGGCACGUCUGAACUCAAACUUCCCAUAAUAGCGGCGUGAAUGACUUUGGACCUAACUAGCACGUUACCUAUUUAAAUCAAUAAACAUAUAUAGUUAACACCCAUAUUUACGGAUAGAUCAAGCCCCAUAUGUUUUGUAUUAAGGUAAUUUUAUUGCGCUUAUCUAGACUAAAUUUGCGUCAUACAUUUGCGUUUACCUGCCAAGGUCGCAAUGCGAUACCGCUGGAUUGGAUGGGUGACCUUGAAGCUGACUGCUACGUCUUCUCCCGUGGGACGGAUGGUGAGUUUAGAACAAAAUGUUUAAUCUGUUGACUGGUUUAGAAAGAAAAGAAAAUUGAACCGAACAAAAAGGGAAAAGCAAGGUAUCCGUAAAGUUGCACGUGACAGAAUUUUUUAGAGUACAGCUGCUGUUUAUGUUCCAUUGGGCUUCUGAUCUGUUUUAGUCUUUUUUUAAAAUGUGGUGAAUGCUUACCCUCGGCCAGAUUGAGCUUUGCUUAUUAAUAUAGAGCCACAGAUGACAGAUGUACAGUUGAGUUGCCGUUUAAGCCUGGCGCCGUUGUCAACUUGUGACAAAACAUUAAUUUUAUGCUAUAUUCUGAAAUCAAUGAAAGAUGGUUUCCAUGUUCUGUAAGAAGCACCCUCCUGGGCCUAGUUGUUUGAAAGUUGUAUAUCGCUAUCACUUUAUAAACUGAUUUUUUCAUCCAGUGGAUAACGCAACUGAUUUUCUUAAGAAUUAUCCGCUAGGUAGUGAUUGAUGUGGUGGAUAACACCAUCCGAUGUUUAAACAACCGGGGCCAGGUCUAUAAAAACAAGUGAAUGCUCUUUCCUAUCGUUUCGCGUAUGGCAUCAUGAUUAGGACGGGUAAAAAAGUGGAGGGAGUGGACCUGAGCAUGGAAAUAUGUUGGAUGAAAAACACAUACGGGGGGUGACAGCUCUAACAAGGGCUGUUUCGGGAGAAAAACAAAUUUAUUCCGGGAAUCUGGAGAUUUUGCCGGGAAUCGGGAAACCUGGGAAAAUUUUCGGGAAAUAUGAGAUAUUUUCGGGACAUUGAGCAAAGAUUUGAUAUUACAUGUUAUCAAACAAUAUAUGUACAGUGAUAUGCACCCAGUGUAUGCGCUGUAUUCUAUGUAUUUUGACACUUGAAAACGGCUGAACUCCCCAUGAUAUGAAAAGAUCAAUCAGCAACGUUUCCAACUGAAAUAGCAUGAAGUUCGAGUGCGAUUGACCACGUCAAAUCCCCAGCAGAUUGACACCAGAACCGUACCGGUGCAAGGCACAUACUAUCAGUUCACAGCAGAUCCCAUCAUUCAUUAGUUCAGGAGUAUUUUUACGCUGCACGUUAACCAGUUUUAAGAGCACAUUCAACUGAUUGCAUACUGGAAAACUUGAAAGAAGUACGUAAGAAGUAUGUAAGAAAAAAACGAAACUCGUUUAACCUUGUUAAACACAAAUGAGGCCAUAAAAAGUAGUAUGUCUGUGAAGACCCUUUAAUCAUCCUGAUCUCGUCGGGGCCCUUCCAAUUUUGCUCGAGAAUCCCGACUCCCGAUCAAUAUGCGCUUGGGAUAGGAAAAUUUCAGAUUUUGACAUACAGUUGUUCUGAAAUUUUCAAAUGAAUUCUUAUGAUACUCAUACAAUGACACCACACAGAGUAUACUUAGCUGAAAGUGAUAUCCAGAGCAAUUUCAAAAACCGCACAACUUGUAUAAAAUAAAAUUGACAUGAAAUUUUCAAAUGAAUUCUUAUGAUACUCAUACAAUGACACCACACAGAGUAUACUUAGCUGAAAGUGAUAUCCAGAGCAAUUUCAAAAACCGCACAACUUGUAUAAAAUAAAAUUGACUACUUCUACGUGAAGUCACGCCAAUAAAAAUAAGCAUAAAAAGGACAAUUGAUUUAGAGAACAUUUUGGACAGAAUUUGUCCUCUCAGAACACUAGAAAUGACGUUUCAGAGCACCAAGAUUUCAAAAUUUUCUGGGGGAGCAUGCCCCCAGACCCCCCUAGUGGUUGGCCCUUCACUGUUCGCCUGAUUCAUUGGUGAUUAAAAAACAAAAAAAACAUGAUUUUAUAUACUUAAAAAGUUUCACAGUCUUUCUGUGUCAACAUGAUACCCUCUAAACGAAAAAAUAACUAAGGUUAGAUAAUUAACAAGUUAUAUAUUAAUUAACAAGAAGCUGCAAAAAAUCUCUAAUCAAAAUUUUAAUUUUAAUUGUUUAAACAAAAAUUUGGGAAGUUAAACAUUUAUGGGGAAUGCCACCGAAAAAUUCGGGAGGGUCGACGAAAUUUCCGGGAGGAAAUAAAGUUAUUCAUAGGACUGCCCAAACAGCCUUUGUUAGAGUUGUCACCCCCCGUAACACAUGGUCCAAUCCUUCCUUUUGGCACAAAAUUGAGUGACCCACCCUUGUUAAAAAUGAACCUUUAAAAUUACAUGAGACACCCCCUAGUAAACAUAAAUCGUUUUACUUUUAAUCUAAUGAAACCACAUUUUGUGUAUGACGAAUUCAUAAAAUAAGUAGGGUGUUAUGACAUAGGUUACCUUCCUCCAAGAGUAGCUAAAAAUUAAACGACCCAUCCUGGCCCAGGGGUCAAAAACUGAUGACCCACCCCCUCUCUGCUCCGGCCCAAAUAAUGACAAAAUGUCCCUUCGCCACCCCCGCUCAAUACCUUUUUACCAUUCCCUUACCACUAGCAGUGUUUGUAUAGGCCUCAAGUGUGUUAUCAGUCUUACAGAAAAUGGGAAGCUAUCUUCUGUUUUAUAUCUCUUGUAAUGUCUGUGGAGGUACUGUUAACGUUCAAAGUACCCAGUCAAUUUCUCUCAUAAUCUCGGAGAUUUCCUCACUCAAAGUUGUGUUUAGUUUUGUUAGGUCCUCACAUGAAGACAGAUGGUUCAAAAUUCAAGAAAGAGGCUCCAAACAAACUGGAUAAUCCUAUUUCACCCUCUAUCGUCCUCUCACUCGGGAAGAGUAAUAUAAUAUGGCGAGUCGCGAUUGUCUCUGAUGAUUACUAUUUCAUGUGCUCGGAAAACGCCAGUAAGUAACUCGAGUCUUUUGAGUUUUUUCAUCUGAUCAGCCCUUGCAAGACUGGCCUUACAGUUGUCUUGUCUUGUCUUUUUUAAUCAGUUUGUGGGAACCAGUUGCUGCAAAUGCAAGUGAGCUAAAAAACAGGAAUUAUAAUUAGCUCGUGAAUUUGGCGUUCAAUUGAUUCCGCAGCCCCUUAGUUUAGGGAUUUGUUAUUCAUCCACAUCACAUCAGAGCCGUAGCUAGCGGAGGGCAGGCAGAGCCCCUUCCCCCCCCCCCGGACCUGCUGAGCAAGACAAAUCAAGUCUGUGGAUGGAUUUGUUUUCAGUUGAUUGUAGUGACUUGCAAUUGUUUGCCAUUUUCAUGGCCGAGAAAUUGGUUGGUCCACGGUGUGUGCAAAUACACGUAGUAAGCAACAGGAUGCAAACCCCCCUAUUGAAAUAGGAGUGUAUAUGUACUAUUUGCAAGGUUCACUCUAGCGUUGGACACGUUCUUCAAUGGCAGAAGAACGCCUUAGCGGCCUCGCAGUGAUGCUUAUUAAUCGUGUCACCAACUACAUGCCAACGCCAUAUGAACGAAAAUCAAACUAGAGACACCUUUUAAUAGGUUAGUUAGCCAAACAGCAUGCAGUAUUGCGAAAUGUUUAAUGUACUAGUACAUACCUCUUAAACUUUCUUUUUUGACGCCUGUCAAAUGACUGUCAAAUCGUGCGUCCUGCACUUGUUUCCGGUCCCCCAAACGGGAAGAAGCCAUAUAAUAAACACCUUAUUAGCCUCGUUUUUUCGGUCCGUACUGUAAAUUACGGAUCCUCGUUUUUUCCAUCGAUUUAUGGCCCAAGCGCGAAAACUCGGUCCGUAAUUUACAGUACGGACCGAAAACUCGGCUAAUAAGAGGUAUGUACGGUGUGUUUCAAAUUAACAGGACCUCGGAAAUAAGCACCUGUAAGCACUGAAAAUACCUGCCUUUUCACACUUGUUCGAGGUCGAUUUUUCGGAGACAUAUCUAGUCUAUAUCUCAUGACAAGUGCUGAAAACAGUUUUUCGGAGCCUCCAAAUUUGAAAAUUGUCUGGGGGAAGGAUAUUCCCCCCCGUUACCAAAAACCUACCUAAGGCCCUGCGCAUGUACUAAUUAUAUCAAGUGACUGUGGUAACAAGAUGGCAAUAAUUGACCAAGAAAAUUUUUUUUAGUGAUUCGAGUCACAGAUGAAGACGGUGAUCGUGUGCUCGAAAGACUACAGUAAGUAAUCAGAGUCUUGAGUUUUUUAUCUGUUCAGCCCUUGCAGGAUCCUACAGUUGUCCUUUUGACACUCAUUUUUAUUGUUGAAUAUGACAUUUGUUGAGGGAAUGUGGUGUUUCGAACAUCUCCCUCUCUCUCUCCCCCUCUCCAUAUUCACUCAUUUAAUGACUCUAUGGCGUUUUUUAAAUUCCUUUUCCUUUCCCCAAACAUCUCAGUCAUAAAAUCGGCAUUAUCGAUGGAGCGAUUUUCGUCAGCAAUAAACUGAAACAAUAUCUUAAGCCAAAGGAAAUAUAGCCGCCAUUCGAAAAUCAUAUGCGUUGUGGUUUACCUUUUUCAUGUGAUCUGUGCGAUGCAGAUUAUGUUUGCUAUACAGCGCAUUGUUGAACAUAAGGACUAGGCUAUCGGUAAAAAAAAAUUGUGGAAACUCAUGGGUAAGACCAAGAAAGCCAAUUUUGCAUUUUCCUCAAGUGCCAGACGAAGUUUGAAUGCUUGAUUUAUGAGAUGCCCUUUCAUUAGAAUCCAAGCUUGAAGACCACCCAGGCUUAUUGCAUUCGUAUAAAACUCUGCUUUACUAACAUUCUUGAAACUCUAUUAGUAAGUUUUUUAAUCAGGCAUUGUUUAUUUUCAUUUUGCAACAGGCAUUACUUUUUGACUUGAUAAUCGAGCAUUAGUUGAACGUUGAAAAGUCGUCGUCGGUUUUUUAAUUUUUAUCUUUAUUUCAGCGCAGUAUUUAUAUGCAAAUGUUUAACGAAAUCGCUUCUUAUACAUAGAGCGAUUUUCGUAUGACCUUAAAAUGAAAACGCCCGAACAAAACAGAAACAACAAACGAACGGAAAUAGAGCCAUUUGAUUGGUUUAUCGAACAGAUACAAAAGCGAUGGCUUUUGGUUAGUUAAGCGAACGCUCGGGUGAAAAAACUUCAUGCCCGAGAACUUUCUAGAAAUCAAACGAUACUUCGCUUUGAAGUCAUACUGCAACACGAUUGGCCAAUCGAACAAUGCCUUCUCCAUAUUAGGUUUGUUUUCUUUGGCGGGAGAACGAGGAGUCCAUGUUUUGAUCUUUUCAUCCAUUGGCUUAUCAUUUCUGAGGUUAGGAAGUUAAAGUUUAAAUUUUUUCCUUGUAAAUACAACAUAAUUUUUUUAAAAAAAUACCUUCCUUUCUACCAACUUUAAAACUAAGGUUCUUACAGCAUCAUCCGUCUUUAUUGGAUCAAUCUGUAUUUGUACGUCACUUUUUAUUUUCAAAAUAAUUAUGCUCCUCCAUUUUUCCACAAGAAAUUACCGUCUAAUUUUUUCCCCUUUAGGAUACUGUGGGUCUCUACUUUUAAUAAUUAUUACUCGGAAAGGAAACACAAUGGCUACAACAUCACUGAGUCCGUCUACGCAAUUAAGUCAAGACAUAACGAUCUUUUAUACUGGGUUGAUAUCAUCAAAUCUGAUGGAACCCGUAGUGACGACCUGGUUUUGUGGCUACAAUGCAGGCCCGGGAUCAAAGUAAAUGGACACCACAAGGCCCUCUACCGGAAAAUUAAGUGGACAAAUAGUGUCCAUUUGUACCUUUCGUUCAGUCUGAAGAGCUAUGAAGACAAUGGAUAUUUAUGGACCGACACUGACGGAGCAAGGGAAAACGUUUUUGUUACUGGUUUUUGCAAGACGUUUGGAUUGGAAAACCCUCCCGGAUAUGAAGAAAAGCGAGGUAUUAUUCAGCUAACUCACUGCCAUAUAUAAGACAAAAAUCUUUCACAACGGCCCUAGUUUUAUUUGUUAUUUUGCAAAGAUUUUUUUUUCUAGAAUCCUAGAAAAUUCUUCAGCGUUUCCCUACAGUUACUCUGAACAGUUUUUUCAUCUUAAAAAGUGCGUGCUCAAUACCAACAGGCACAUAAAUGUCGUCGACGUGCGAGCCAUUGUCGAGAAUGAACAACUGAGGAAACGCUCUCAUAUUUUUGUAAACUUUGACGUCUUUGGUCCAUAUGGAAACAUGCUUAUUAUUCUUCGUGGACCCAUUAAGCUUUCCAUUUCAGCUAUUAAGAUGGUAAUUGGCAAAAUAGGGCAGGAUAGAUCUGGUACCUCAUUAUUAAAAUUUUGACCAAUCCUAACAGAGUUACAGACAAAAAAACAAGCAACAUUUGGGGAAAAAUCCACCACCAAUUGUGCUGUUUACCUACUAUACUGCUCUUAACAGAUUAAAUUAACCCAUGCGAGAGAAAGGCGGUAAAAAGAAACGCAAAGGGAAAAAGAAGAGAGCAAGAAAAAAAAUCAAAAUAGAUUCGCGUGCGCGAAAACCGGAAAAGCUGCUUAAUUAGAUCCAAUUAGCAGAAAAUUAAGGGUGAUGUUAUACGGAACUAUUCGAUACGACGAUUUUUAGCGCAACACAGCACAGCGUUGCAACAUUGUUGCGACAUUAUAUUGUUUUGAACGGUUACAACAUUGUUCCAACAUGUUAACACUGUGUUACGCUAAGAUCGUCGUUGCGAAUAGUCUUGUGUAACAUGUCCUUUAUUAGUGUUGGAAAUCUCUUUUUUGGCCAUUCCGGCCCAUGCUAACUGGCCGAAAAACGGUUCUAAAAGGAGGAUUUGGUCCAAAAUGCGGUUUUCCCCUAAAAACUGGCUGACGGCAAAGCGGUUAAGGACCUUAUCAUCCAUAAACUGAAAGACUAUAUCCUUUUUUUCCAGGUGAAAUCUUUUACCAACGCAGUGGUGAUGAGAGAGUUGACUUGAACAAACCACACCCUGAAAAACCAAAAAGUGAAAAAGACAGGGUUAGUGUUUUAUGUAUGUGACGACGAUUGACAUAGAGCACUGCUUCUAAAAUUCCUGAGUUACACGUCGCAUCGUUCUUGUCAGAUUUGGGGUGGCAACCAAGUUUGCUUAUGGAUCUAUCGCUGAGGAAUGAACUGACCCUCGUUAGGAAUGUUUUGAAAUAAGUCGUGCAGUCCAAUGGAUAAGAGAUAAACUCUAUUUUUACUGUAGAUAAUAGUACUACGUUUUAAUUGUUUUACAUAACGUUGAAACCUUAUUAAGGCUCUUUGCAUGCCUUAAAUGCCAUCGUUGUGUUUCUUCAAAGCUAGAAAAUAUUUUGUAAAACUUCUCAUUGUGCGUUAGCAACUCGUGAUUUGUUGAUAUUGCUAUAUUCCGGAUUUUAGGGAGGAGUGGACAAACCUUGGGAUCCAAUCGCUUCGUUGGGUGUCAUUUCGCUGCUACUAGUACGUAUGCGGGCAAUAUUCUAUCAUUGUUUCUUCACAGUUUGUAUUUGUUAUGGUCAUUUAAAUACUAAAUGAGUGGGUCAGCCAUUUAGGGCGAAUGAGUGAGUAAGUGGGUUUUCAUUCAAGAUAGAACCAGUGUUAGCAAACACAGGCCCAGACAUGAACACUUUCGCUUCCAGCCGCCUCGUGUCGGUGAUCACCGGCGCAGUCGCUUGCGUUUUGUUUUGCAAAAUGUGGAUUUUUUUUUACUCUUCAUUUUUGGAUAGAAUUAGACGACAACGAUCAUUCUGCUAGUAGUCUAACACUCACUUAAUGUUAUCUAAAUAUCGUUUUGUUUUAGAGAAAAUGUGAAGAAUAAGUUUGGGGGACUUAUUGACGCUAGUGUUUUUAUUUUUGUUUCUGUUUGAUUUUGGGAUUUUUUUGUAAAGAGUGUCCGGUACUGGAUAAUGGUCGUAAUGUGUAACUACAUUUUCCUUAGGUAACGAUUUACAGAUGCUCUCCUGGAACAAAAGUGACCAACAUCACCAAAUGCAAAGUGGCCAAAGUGAAGGGUCAACAUGGUGGAGUGGUAAUUGCAGGAGAUUACGCGACAGUAAAUUUUCAUUACCAUUACGCGAACAGGCAAGAUUAA